AUGGUAAUAGCGAACGCCACCUGCCUCUAUCUUUCUCUCAAUAAUCCCAACUUUGCCUCUAAACAGCAGCAGCCAGAACGGGUGGACGCCAGGGAUAUCCAUCACUCUGAAUUCGGGUCGAGCGGCAGCAAUACCAGGGCUUCAGAACCCGUGAGCCUCAUGGUAUCGAUCGAGGGCCACAACACCUACUGGGUAGAAGCGGCUGGCUUGGUUGUUCCGAUCGUCAAAGACCUCGAUCCACGAGAGGCGUACAGAGUCAGGCUCACACACAUGGGAGGCCCAAACGGCACCGGUGGCGUACUCGAGUUUGAAGGCAUUUGGGUUGAUAAAGCCACAUUUGCGGAAGUCAGAGCAGCGUCAUCGGCCUCGAACGAAACGCGCUCACCAGCGAGACUCCUUCCUUUCGAUGAACGUUUCGACAAAACUGCCCACAAUGAUCAGAAUGCGUCCCGGCCAAGGAGGGAAAUCGUUGAGAUCGUCACGUCCGAGAUAUCGCUUUCAGCUAUGAAUCAUCGCCUUCACCUCUCAACUCUGCGAAAUGACUCGCACGAAAGAAUACAAACUUGGUGCAAGCAGCUGGGGGCAGAAUCCCCUGUGGACACGGUGAUCCUGGACACAACAGGAAUCGGCUUGAUGUCAACAGGAGAGUCGGGACCGAGUAUGCGAGAUCAAUUCUUCCGCGCAGGACCUCCGGGGACAAGGGCUUUUGCACGUCCCUGGAACUUCAAGCUGUACAGUCCCUCGGUGCUCCUUCUCCAGCUCGGACUCGUGGAUUUUGUCCAAUUCUUCUCUCCUUCUGCCGACGGGAGGAGGAGCAAACCCGUCAAUAGGCACGAUCUGGCCAAGUUCACUAACGAGUUUGUCGACGCAUACAUCAAAUUGAUUCAAGCAAUCCGUGCAAAUGCGUAUCCCUUUGACCCGACCACCACGACGAUGACGGGGUUGGCCACGGAUCUAGACGAUGACGGGAGCUACAUCUACAACUCGGCGCCGUCCACGCUCUCAAUAUUCCUCCUCACACCCUUCUCCGCGACACGGCACUCGGUCACGAAGAAGCUCAAGCUCGACAAAGUCAUUUCCAACGCCCUUACCCAAGUCGCAGCGACCCUGCAAGCCGACGGGGACAAGUCGACUUUCUGGAUCGACACGACCGGCUGGCUCGACGCGGCCACGGACUUCGAGGGCGGCCGCCCCGAUGACCCCAAUUCAUCCCCAGAAUCACCACCACCACGAUCAUCAGUGCUCAACAGGUCAGGAAGGUCCAAAGUCGCGACGCUGCUCACAGAGCACCUCUGCCCGUACAUCGCGGGACCCUCUCCAUCCGCCGGCUCGCCGCAAGCGGAGGAGGCGCCUCCAGGGGUCCCACGACGAGUCUGUCCAUUCGAUCGCUACGACCAUUACCUAGGCAACGUCUACCUGCCGACGGACGUCGACUUCGACAGGACCCUCCUGGAGCACAAGAUCGAGUCAAUCAAGCUCAAGUUCAACUUGUAG